AGGUAUAACCCGCAGCUUAGCCCACAAAGCUGUCCCAAAACACACGCAUGUAAUAGUACUUUCCAACAAAACGCGUAACACAUUCAUCAGACUCGGCCUUCCCGCCGCCUGCUCUCUCUAAAACUCUCUCUCCCUAAGCACGUCUCCUCUCCGUCUCCGUCGCCCUGUCUCUCUUUACAAAGCCCACAAAGAAAGCAAAGCCAGCAAACACACACACAGCCUUUCUCAGCAAGAAUAACAAAAAGAAGAAGAGCCUCUGCGGCUCUCAUUCUGUCAUGGCCAAGUCGAAGUGCUGCAACAGCAAGAGGAUGUCGUACAUCGCAGUCCCAUCUCAGAUAAUCAACUCUCUGUCAUCAUCUUCUCUGCAGUCCCUCCUUCUCUCACCCAAAAAAUCUUCGAGGACCUACAGCUGGUUCCUCAGCUUCAAAAGUCCAAGACUUUGGUUUCUCAUUCUCUUUCUAUUUGGCCUACUUGGUAUGUUAAAGUUGGGCUACAAUCUUGACCCUAUGAUCCCAUUUGCUCCAUACCCAUGUAGUACAACUACUCAAACACAGGACCUCAUCUCUAAUGGGUAUCCAAAAUCAGAGGUUGGUUUCGCAUCGAUGAGUGGAAUUGGCGGUCAAAAUGCUGAGAAAGAUGAGGUUUUGGAUGGAACUAAUCAACCACGGCCGUUGAUUUCAAAUGGGUUUUCAAAAUCAGAGGUGGGUAAUGUAACAGGCGGCGAGAAUGAUGAGGAGCAAGUUGAAGACAGUGAGUUUUGGAAGCAGCCAGAUGGGUUGGGCUACAAGCCUUGCUUGGUGUUCAGCCGGGAGUACAGGAGAGCAAGUGAUGGGAUUGUAAAAGAUAGGACAAGGUAUCUGAUGGUUGUGGUUUCUGGUGGGAUGAACCAGCAGAGAAAUCAGAUAGUUGAUGCGGUGGUCAUUGCUAGGAUUCUUGGGGCUGCCUUGGUUGUUCCCAUCUUACAAGUCAAUGUUAUUUGGGGAGAUGAAAGUGAAUUCUCUGAUAUAUUUGAUAUCGAGCACUUCAAGAGAGUUCUUGCCAAUGACGUCCGGAUAGUUUCGGCACUACCAUCUACACAUCUAAUGACAAGGCCAGUGGAGGGCAGUCCACCACUACACGUCUCCCCCAAAUGGAUCCGGGCUCGUUAUCUCAAACGUCUUAACAGAGAAGGGGUUUUGCUUUUACGUGGCUUGGACUCAAGGCUCUCUAAGGAUCUUCCCUCUGAUCUGCAGAAGCUUCGAUGCAAGGUUGCUUUUCAUGCAUUGAGAUUUACCCCACCAAUCUUGCAACUUGGUAACAAGCUUGCUGAGAGGAUGCGGACCAAUGGGCCCUAUCUUGCUCUUCAUCUACGAAUGGAGAAGGAUGUAUGGAUUAGGACCGGUUGCCUUCCUGGUCUAAGCCACGAGUAUGAUGAGAUAGUGAACAAUGAAAGAAAACAGCGGCCAGAUCUCCUAACUGCAAGAUCAAACAUGACUUACCAUGAUCGAAAGCUUGCAGGUCUCUGCCCCUUGAACGGCUUGGAGGUAGCCAGGCUGCUUAAAGCUCUCGGAGCUCCAAAAACUGCAAGGAUAUACUGGGCUGGAGGGCAGCCGUUAGGUGGCAAAGAAGCCUUACUACCAUUAACCCAAGAGUUUCCUCAGCUUUACAACAAGGAAGAUCUUGCUUUGCCUGGCGAACUAGAACCACUUAAAAACAGAGCAUCUUUAAUGGCUGCCAUUGAUUAUAUAGUCUCUGAGAAUAGUGAUGUUUUCAUGCCAUCCCAUGGGGGAAAUAUGGGCCAUGCCAUCCAGGGACACCGGGCCUAUGCAGGACACAAAAAAUAUAUAACCCCAAACAAAAGAAAAAUGCUACCCUACUUUUUGAAAUCUACCCUAUCAGAAUCGGAGUUCAACAGCAUCAUAAAGGAGUUACACGGUGACUCCUUAGGCCAGCCGGAACUCAGAACUAACAAAGCCGAAAGGGAUGUUACGAAGUAUCCUGUGCCCGAGUGUAUGUGCAAUGAUUCGCACACUCAUUCUUACUUGUGAUUUCAUGCAGAAAGCUUCCAAUGCGAUGCUUCAUCAUGCUUAAUGGCUCCAAUUCAAAACCAAACGUGACCAUCAACUGAUUCCUCCAUUGAAUAAUGGAAAGAUUAUGGUAAAUCCCUUGAAUUUGAGCCCCUGAAAACCAAAAAGUGAUGCUUUCGGGGCAAUGAUGGUUCCUUGGAGUGCCAGUCAGGCACCAACACUUGAGCUGACAGCUUAUGCAAGUGUACCCGGCAUGAUGCUUGCGUUAUGACUGCAUGGCAGGAUAAGUCCAAGAACCAUUUUUUUUUUUUUUAAUUCUUUAUAGGGACUGUAUUUAGGAUAUAGUACAUAUCAUUCUUUGUGUCACAUGAAUGUAUUACAGAGCCAUACGUGUAUAUAUGUAGAAGUAACCAAAUGAGCUUUUCCCAAAUGAGCUUUUCCAUUAAUCUUUUACUACA